GGGAAUACAGACAUCGGCUGCUGCCAAAGAAAAAAAGACGGUUUGCUGAGAGUUUUCAGUUUUGUGCUGGAUGAAUGUGUCAAAAGUGUUUCUGUUUUGAAUCAAACAAAGUAUCUCUACCUUCUUUGGAGUGAAAUUAUUUUUACGUUUGACUUCCGUCAAAGCUAAACUUCCCAUAAUGAAGCGGAUGAAGUUUGCACACGUCGAAGGUCACACUGAUCUAACUUAUUCAGAAGAUGGAGCAAACAUUAUAACAUGUGGUGCUGAUGGAGAUUAUCGUGUUUGGAAAGGCUACGAGGAUGAUGAUCCUGAAUGUAUUCGUGUUGGUGAUGAAGCCACUGCCAUCGCAUUUAAAAACAAAAAAGUAUUUGUAGGAACCGACAUGCAUGUUCUGCAAAUUUUUUCACAUCCAGAAAACCAGACUGAUGGUAUUGUUACACGGUUCACUUCUACAAUCACCCACAUAUCUGUUAAUAAAGAUGGAUCAAAAGUUGCAGCUGGUUCAGGCGAUAUGACAAUCAAGGUGAAAGAUAUUUAUUCGAGCAGCAAGGCCAAAGAAAUUGUUCUCACUGGGCACACUGCACCCAUUCUCAGUGUCAGCCUGGAUCCUAAAUCAGAGUUCUUGGCUUCGAGUAGCUGUGAUGGAACUGUCCGUGUCUGGUGUCUGACUACCAGCAAAGAACUUCAGUCUUGGCGAUGGGGUCCUGCGAGUAACGAUUUUGGAAAUUCGCCAUCUCUCUGCCGCAUUAAUUUUGAGCCUACGACUGGUCGCUACUUGGCCGUCCCAUUUUUCCAGUCAUCGACGGUCAAGAUUCUGGAAAGAAGUUCUUGGAAAGAAGUUGCCGAACUCGUUGACGAUCGUCUUAAAGACAUUUCCAUUUGUUGCUGGUCUACUUGUGGCAAGUUUCUAGCUACCGCUUCCAAGGCUGGUGAUAUCCUCGUUUGGGAUAUGCAGACUAAAACUGUUGUCAACUCGUUUCAACACGAGAAAAAGACGCAAAUCUGCAAUAUGGCAUGGAACCCAUCCAUGACCACUCAAAAGGAGAUUGCAUUUUGCGACUGCAAGGGUUACCUUGGCUUGUUGGAAAAUGUUACGGCUCAAGCGGAGGGCAAGGCGAAGCCAAGUGCAAAAGUGGCCAACUCAUUGACGGAUAUUGGAGAUGACGACGCAGAAAUAUCCAUCAGCCAGAUAAAGAAAGAUACUGGAUUCACCACCAACGCAGAAGACGGCCAAGAUGUUUUCACAGGAGUUCAGUCGUAUUCUAUGGAUUUUGAUAUCUUGGACGACGGAGCCUCUAAGAUUAACAGCAGACCUUCAAGUCCUUUGGCUGGCCAUUCCAGGCGCCCUUAUCAAUCCUCCAGUAAAAAACGAGAGCCAUUUCAACCAGGGUCAUCACCAGUCCAUCUGCAUCACCGGUAUAUGGUCUGGAACAAUGUCGGAAUCGUGAAAUGUUUCGGAGAGGAAGGUGACCAAAGUGCCAGCAGCAUCGAAGUCGAGUUCCACGACUCGUCCAUCCACCAUGGACUGCACAUACCCAACACACUGGGCCACACUAUGGCCUCACUUUCCAGCCAGGCUCUGCUGUUGGCCUGUCCGGCACAGGAAGAUAGCCCCAGUCGGAUUGUCUGUGUCAACUUUGCUGCCUGGGAUGGACACAAAGAGUGGGCGACCACCUUGCCACUCGGGGAAGGUGCUCUAGCCUUGGCCGCCGGCGAUGCCUGGGUGGCAGUGGCCACCUCCAGGAAUUUGCUUCGACUCUUUUCAAAUUCUGGGCUCCAGCGUGCCAUGAUUUCUCUCCCUGGACCUAUACUCUGCCUGGCCGGCCACGGCUCCAAACUCUUUAUGGCUUAUCAUUCUUCACUGGGAAUGUUUAGCGAACAAUCUAUCGGCUAUGCACUGGUGGGCAUCGACAGGAAAUCUCCGAUUGGUUACGAAUGGCUGGCCAAUCCGCAAACUCUUCCCCUCGGCCCGGAGUGUGACUUAUCGUGGGCCGGAUUCAGUGACGAAGGAACGCUGGCCACGAUGGACAGCAGCGGUCUCCUGCAAGUGCAACUUCGAUCCGGCAUGUGGAUGCCUCUGCUGGACACGAGGCAGAACGUCAAGGGUAAAUCCGACCACUACUUUCUGAUCGGAUUGAGCGAGCUGGAGAAAUGCGUCCGUUGCGUGCUGUGCAAGGGCGCCCGCUACCCUCCCACCUUGCCACGCCCCAACAUGUCCUUGCUGGACGUCAGACUGCCGCUGUGUGACGGCGCCAAUGAGAAAACUCAGCUGGAAGAAGCCCUGAUUCAGUCGACGCUGCAAAUCCAGCUGACUGGCACCUUGGACCAGACGGGAUUUGACGUGGAUGACCCCAGGGAUAAGGCCGACCGCUUGUCCAAGGAAUCGUUGAUGAAGAUGUUCGCCCUGGCCUGUCAGGCCGAGAGGGAGGUCCGAGCGGUGGAAGUGGCCGAAUGGAUGCCCAGCGAGCAAUUGCUCCAGCUGGCCGUCAAGUACGCAACGCGAGCUAGGAAACGCCAGCUGGCCAACCGACUGACGGAGAUGGCCGAGCAACUAGUCAGGGAUCGUGAAGCCGAAGAAACUUUGUAUAUGGAACCGACACGAAGUUCAUAUCUCUCAUCAAAUGCUUCUAAUAAUACGAUAGACGAUGACAGGGAUAUGUUUAUUUCUACUCCACCUGUUCUCGAGAUCGAAGACAAUCCGAUCCUACAAGCCAGGCAGAGGAAAACUUCUGCUUUUGGAGCCCCAGCGGCGGUCGCUGUUAUAGAAGCUGGCAAAUCCAUCCGGCCGUUGAGUCAGAGCAGGAAAAAUCCUUUCGCCAAAAAGACCUCGGACGAUUCGUCUUCAGCAACGCCUUCCCCUCGUGGUCUGGCCGCUUUUGAUCAGCCCAAAGUCACCCAAACGAAACCGACAACAACUGGGCCGUCGAAGGAAAACGUCAAAGCCAAAGCGACGAAACAGCCGACGCUCUUCGGCAUGAAGAAGGCCGCGAAAGACAGUAGUCCAGCACCCGCCCAAGAAAUGUCUUCAGAAUCCCAAGAUCCUCUGCCCAGCCCUGCUCAGCCUCCCAAAACGGGCUUUCUGCUUUGGUUUGAUCAAAACAGAUCUCAGUUUAUGUCAGACAAUCCAGAAUGUAACGAGGCCGAACUGGUUCGGCUAGGAGCCCAGAAAUUUAAAUCUCUUUCAGAAGAAGAACGCCAGAAAUACAACCGGAAACGGAAGUCGUCGGGAGAUGCCGAACAGUCGGAAGAAACUGUCAAAAAGACGAGACCAACCCUUGCCGAAAGACUUUCUACUUUCGAAGCCUAAACUACAAUUUCUUAUUUUUUUAGAAAUCAUUUCUUUAGUAUAAAGCCUUUUUUUUUUUUAAUGAUGGGCCGUCUAUAUUAUUUCCCAACGUCAAGUUACAAGUGUGUUUGAAAAAUAAAAACUAAUCUUAUAAAAUAG